GGCCAAGCGCUCCUGCCCCCAGAGGCGGCUCAGCACAGAGGGAGGAAGGACCACAGAGCCAACUUGUCGUGACAGCGGUGCUCCUGAGCAUUUCUGGAGCCGAAGCUCUCCUCACAGAGGGAAGGACAGAGCAGGCAGCAGGCGGCAUGGAGCCCCCCUCGGCCCUUCCCCGAGGAGGGCGUGUUCCCUGGCAGGAGCUCCUGCUGGCAGUCUCACUCCUAACCUUCUGGAACCCUCCCACCACUGCCCAAGUCACUGUUGAAUCGGUGCCGCCCAAUGCUGCCGAAGGGAAGGACGUUCUUCUGCGUGUCCACAAUCCGCCUGCCAAUCUUAUAGGCUUUGGCUGGUUCAAAGGGACAACUAUAGAUCCCCAUAGGGAAAUUGUAUCAUAUGCAGCAGACUCACAAGAAAUUACCCCAGGAUUUGCACACAGCGGCAGAGAGACAUUAUAUCACAACGGAUCCCUGCUGUUCCAGAACAUCAGCCUGGAGGACACAGGAUACUACACCCUACAAAUCAUAAAGAGGAAUGUUCACGUUGAAAGAGUAAUUGGACAGCUCCGUGUAUAUCCGGAGUUACCCAAACCCAACAUCACAAGCAACAACUCAGACCCCGUGGAGAACGUGGAUUCUGUAGUAUUAACGUGUGAACCUCAGACUCAGAACACAAGCUACCUGUGGUCAGUAAACAGUAAGAGCCUCCCGGACAGCGCCAGGCUGGAGCUGUCCCUGGACAACAGGACUCUCACUUUACAUGGUGUCACAAGGAAUGACACAGGACCUUAUGAGUGUGAAACCUGGAACCCAGUCAGUGCCGAUCAUAGUGACCCAUUCACCCUGAAUGUUCUCUAUGGCCCGGAUGCCCCCACCAUUUCCCCCUCAGACUCCUAUUACCGUCCAGGGGCAAACCUCAGCCUCUCCUGCCACUCAGCCUCUAACCCGCCUGCACAGUAUUCUUGGCUUAUCAAUGGGAGCCCCCAGCCAUCCUCACAGGAGCUCUUUAUCCCCACCAUCACUGUGAAUGAUACUGGAUCCUAUGCCUGCCUCGCUUAUAACCCUGGCACUUGCCUCAAUAAGUUCACGGUCAAGACUAUCACAGUCUCUGAGCAAGUGUCCCAGCCUACUGUCCAUGCCAGCGACACCACAGCCACAGAACAUAAGGACUCUGUGGUCCUGACCUGCUCUACAAAUAACACAGGGGUCUCCAUCUGGUGGUUUUUCAAUAACCAGAGUCUAAAGCUCUUGGAGAGGAUGAAGCUGUCCCCGGACAACAGCACCCUCACCAUAAGCCCUGUCAGGGUGGGGCAUGCCGGGAAUUAUCAGUGUGAAGUCUCCAACCCAGUCAGUUGCAGCAAAAGUAACCCCGUCAGGCUGGCUGUGAGCUAUGGAAGAAGCCCCACGGGCCUCCCUGUGGGGACCAGUGUUGGCAUUGCAAUUGGGGUCCUGGUUGGGGUGGCACUCGUGGCCGCCCUGGGGUAUCUCCUGCUCCAUGUGAAGGCGGGAAGGGCCAGUGGCCAACGUAAUCACAGAGAGAUGGGGUGCCCAGCCUGCACCCCUGGUCAUGGUCCAGUCAGCAGCUCCACAUCCCCGAGCGCCCUACCCAGCCCGAGGACAGCCGUUCCCAUCUACCAGGAGUUACAACACCCUGACAGGAACAUUUACUGCCAGAUCAACCACAAAGGACAAGUGUCUUCUUAGUUUCCCUUUCCCCUGGGAGCUACUCCUUCCAGGGGCCUUCCUGAGACCCCAGACCCUGGGUGGGGUCAGGUGCCCCCGCCUGAGCCAGAGAACCAGCUCUAAGCCCAGAGGAUAUUCAGGGACAUGGACCCAGGGUCCGGGCCUUCCUGAUUUCUGGAAGCCCUGACAGGCUGCCACGAACCCUGCAUGGGCCAGGACAAAGGCCCCCAUGUCCCAGGAAGUGGGGUUUCCCAGGGAAUGUAUCCCGGGCCCUGACCCACCAGGGACAGCAUGAGGGGAUCUGAUGAAAGAGGACUCUUCCCCCUCCUUGGCCCUUUUUUGGUGAAUGGUGAUUUCUCUGAGCAGAAAUUCACCUGAACCUCUGGGGCCCUUCUCUCCUGGGUCACACAGGGAAAUGUUCCCUCUGAGUUCACCAAGCCCCCACCUUAGUCCCCUGAGAUAGAGGAGGGGCGAGGGGUGUUGACAUGCUGGGACCACGUUAACUAGAAAAGGAGAGAUCACCAGAGCUGUGGCCAAACUAUGACAGCACUCAGCGGUCCUCACCCUGCUCAGGGACCAAGGCUGGAGACACCUCCAGUGUCUGCACAUGUGCACGGGGUUCUCAGGAGCACAGAACAUGGGGCCUCUGAUGACCACACGAGGAGGGGCUUGGAAGGAGCAGCCGUGGGCAGGCACACAUCCCAGGUGGGACCCCUUCAUAGCCUUUUGGUGUCCUGAGCCCUUUGGUCCUCCUCACCCAUCCCCGGUGGCCCUGACUGGUGGCCUUCACCAAUAAACUUGCCCUGUCCCCAAAUCCAGGAUCCAGGGCACUGAGACCUGUCUGAAGCUUUCUCCAGCCUUCGGGAUGUCCUUCCUGCUGGGGUGACAUAAAGGCAGGUUGUCAGAGGAACGCCAGGGUUUGGGACCCAGAAUUCAUGCUCUGAGCAUAGCCUUCCCGGACACUGCCCAUGACGUCUAGCCCAGUACCUCCCAGCAGUGUCCACUUUUCUCCCUGAACGGGAUCUUAUCUUGAAACACACCUCCUCCCCAUAAAUAAGCAUGCAGGUCAGAGGCAGAGGGCCUCCCCCACCUAACUCACCCAGGCUCCCAUGGUGAUGGGACAAAGUGUCUCUUCCACCUGGUCCACAGGCCUCCCCCUACACACCUGGGCCAGCGGCUCUCAGUCCUUCCCUGAGGCCCCCGGUUGGGUCCCCAUGUGGAUUCGCUCGCGUCAAGGUGCCCUGUUCACACAAAAGCGGUCCAAGCAGCAAGGCACCGCACCCACGUUUCACAGGUGGGUUUGCCAUCACCCACUUGUUUCUUAGUCAUGAGAUGAGGGGUAAGAAAAACAAGCUGCAAAGUAUCACGUCAUUUUUAGCUCUGUGAUGCUCCUAUCGCAAUGCACACUCUGUUGGAUUAGACAGGGUGACGCCUCUUGUUAGUUUCCUCUUGCUGCUCUAGCAAAUUAUUGUAAGCUUAGUGGUGGAUGUCAACACAAGUCAAGGUGCCCACCUGGCUGUCUCUUCUGGAGGCUUAGGAGAGAGUCUGUUUCCUUGUUUUUCAAGCUGUGCCGUUGGAAGCUGCCCACGUUCCAUGGAUGUGGCCCCUUCCUCCACCUUCAAAACCAGCAGUGCAACAUCUUGAAGUCUCUCUGUGUCCUGUUUCCACAUCACCUCUUCUUCUCUGGUUCUGCCUCUCCUGCCUCCCCCUGUCACUUAUAUAAGGACCCUUGUGGGUGCCUGGAUGGCUCAAUGGGUUAGACUUCCAACUUUGGCUCACGUCGUGAUCUCAGAAGGUCGAGCCCUGUGUUGGGCUCUGUGCUGACAGCUCAGAGCCUGGAGCCUGUGAUUCUGUGUCUC